ACGACCAAGUCAAACCGGAGUUCGAUUAUGAAGAUGAUUCCACUGAUGAUGAAGAUUGAAAAUAUUCAUUAAAAACAUGUCGUUAUAGGCGCACAGGUGACAAAAGUUUAUAAUGACGGCGGAGAAGACAAAAGGGCAUUUCGCCAAGAUGCCGCCAGCCACAAAGAAGGUCGCACCGGACGGCGGCUGGGCGUGGAUGGUCUGCUUAGGUGUUAGUUUAGUCAAUUUUUCAACUCGCUCCCUCGAGCCGUCGUUCGGUCUCCUCUUCAAGGAUUUGCUGGACGACCUGGGCGUGCACACCACAGGCGCUUCCGUCAUCGCCAGCACCCUCGACGCGGUCGUCAACUUCUCCGGUUUCUUCGUGGGGCCCGUCAUCAAAACCUUCUCCUAUAGAAAAGUGUGUUUCGUCGGCUCCAUGAUAUGCGCCAUGGGUCUUCUAUUCACCGCCCCAGCUAAUAGCAUGGGCCAUAUAUUGGCGACUUACAGCACUUUUGGGGGUUUCGGUGUAGGUUUAGCAUCUGCGUCUUCCUUCGUGUCGCUCAACCAUUACUUCUCAAAAAAGCGCGGACAGGCCGUUGGUUUGUCCAUGGCUGGCACCGGGUUCGGUCUGAUGGUGAUGCCACAGCUAGUGAAACUGCUGUUAGGCCAAUACGGCUUCAGGUGGACUGUGGUCAUACUGGGCGCGUUGGCCUUCCACGCAGUACUGGGUUCGUGUCUGCUCCAACCAGUCAAGAGACAUUUGAAGGAGGUGCCUGUUGACUGCGAAAUGCAACAAGUUAAGGAAAUGGAGUGCAUACUAGAAAGCGACGAAGAGGCGGAAGACAAAUUCGAGAGCAACCCACUAGUCACACAUCAGUUGACGAAGCUUACAACACCUCAAAGAUCCCACGCCAACAUGAACCAUCCAUCGGUGCGGACUAUAGGAAUGCCUCGAGCGAAGACUUGUGAUAAACCUUUACCAGAAUUCGAGAGGAAUUCUAAAUUCGUUGGGUUAACGACCGCCGCGUCCGUCGCGGCUAUGCAUAGAGUGACAUCUAGCGGGAGUAUGAGUGAAGCGGCGCGCAAGAGGAAGGCGUCAGUUAUAUCCAACAUUUCGAAUAUGGAUUUCACUGGCAGCUAUUUGCAGCUGUACCUUGAUACAGCCGACGAGGAAGCGAUACAAAUGAAAGCAAUAAAAAAACCCGAACUAGAGGACGAGAACAAGAAGGGUUUCUUUAAGAGAUUCAUUGCGCUUAUGGACUUGGACUUACUAAAAGACUGGUCGUUUUUGAACCUUUUACUGGGCCUCUCACUUUUUUGGAGUGGCGAGUUGCAAUUUAGGAUGUUGACGCCAUUUUUUAUAAGAAGCUUGGGGUACAACAUGAGUGACACGGCGUUUUGCCUAUCAAUGACCGCGAUCACUGAUAUAUUGGUGCGGUUGAUACUACCCCCUAUAUUCGAUAGGACUACUAUAUCAAAGAAGAUGAUAUUCUUCGUGUCUGCUUUCUUUUUAGCGGCUACCAGAUCGGUACUCGCUGAGCAAUCCGAAUGGGUGCCGUUGAUGAUCUGGCUGUCCAUCUGCGGAUUCUUCCGAGGCAUGUGUCUUAGUAACUUCACUCUCACAAUAUCCGAAUACUGCCCCCUCGAGAAAUUGCCGGCCGCUUUCGGUCUGCACAUGGUCAGCAAGGGGGUCUUCGUGGUGGCUAUUGGGCCACUCAUUGGUUACGUGAGGGACUACACAGGCAGCUUCGCCGUAUGUAUCCAUGUACAAAAUGCACUAAUAAUGUCCUGUGUGCUCGUAUGGGGUAUCGAAUACGCUCUACAGUUCACGAGACGCAGAAAAGUAGUGCAGAUUUAGUAUCUGCCAGAUUCGUCGAAUAAACGCCUUUAUGUACGUUGUAGUAAGAUUUUAUGUUGAUAAUUUGAUAACUGCCCAUCAAGGAGCUUUCCAUUUAAACUCCUACUGUGUAUUCAGAUUAUUUAUAUUUGACCGUGUCGUAUGCAAUAUGUUUUGUCUCGCUCUUAUCAGUCGUAUAUGUUUAAUGAAAGAAGGAGACAUACUUAAGGUAAAACAGUCGUGUACGCAGUUUUCUAAGGUUAAAAUGAUAUUAAAAUAUAGACAAUUGUUUAUAUGUUUAGGUAUAGU